AUGAAAGAAAUUAGAACUCGUGAGCUAGCUGCACCAUACCGGCAGUCGGUGCAUCCUCAACAGGUCGACAAACCAUUAAAGCCAGCCCCAGACUUGAAGUAUGAGUGUUCCGUAUUAGAAGAUGGGAAAACACUACUCGAGAAGGAUGUCGCAAUCCCUAUGAGAGACGGCAUCACCCUGUAUGCGAAUGUGUAUCGACCGGUUGUGGAGGUCCAGGGAAAGACGCCCACGCUGGUUUUCUUUGCACCAUUUGGAAAGCAUGGCGCUGUUCCAGCGGCUCUGUUCCAGAAUAUGGGGGUCGACUUUGACAAGCUGAGCAAGUACACCCAAUGGGAACUCCCGGACCCCAUUCUUUGGUGUGGAAAAUGGGGCUAUUCUUUUGUCCAGGUCGAUCCUCGCGGGACUUGGUGGAGUGAAGGAACCGAAGCCAACUACUUGUCCCCAGAGGAAGGGCGAGAUGGUUAUGAUGUUGUGGAAUGGGUUGCACAACAACAAUGGUCAACAGGAAAAAUUGGAUGGGGCGCGGUGUCGUAUUACGCCAUGUCCAGCUACCAAACUGCAGUUUUACAACCACCUCAUCUAACGGCAAUCAUGCCAUGGGAAGGAAUCUCUGACAUCUAUCGAGAAGUGAAUUGUCCAGGCGGCAUUCCUGCUGUAUCCUUCCAACACUUUUGGAUGAAUCUCACGGGAAACGGUCUGCGUGAAUCGGAGGAUCAUGCUGUUCUCAAUAUAGAACACCCGCUUUUUGAUAAGGUCUGGCAGUCGAAGGUUGUCGAUUGGAGCCAGAUUAAAAUUCCAAUGUUUUCAGUUACUGGUUGGUCGUCCCUGGGGUUGCAUUUGCGUGGGACAAUAGAAGCUUGGAGAGCAUCUUCGUCGGAGAGGAAAUAUCUCUUCAUUCAUGUAAGGUUCUCACGUGCCAAGAUGAUCGCAUUUAUCACUCACACUAUUUAG